AUGAUAGGCAAUCUCGCCUUGUUAACCUGGCUUGUGUUUUCCUUUUUGAAGUUUGGUUCCUGUUUCUUUAUUGACGGCGAACUCAAUCUAUAUGGAUUCUCUCCGUAUCCUGGCGAUCGGACUACAGAAACUAACACACUGACUGUCAGUGUUCACGGGCUGGUCCAUGCUACAGCUAGCACGUUUACGCAUACGUCAGCAGUACCUUCCAGAACUAUGUCUGUAGCCGAUUCAAUAUCCUCGACAGCUCCCUCUUCAAGCAUUAGCGGAGCGUCGAGUCUGGGAUGGCAUCCCGUGGCUAUCACACUCACAAAAAAACCGACUCCCCACUGGAAUUAUAACAUAACUGUGGCGAAGAGUUCUGCCAAGUAUUCCAGCUCUACUACUCCGACUUUGACCGUGAGCACGGCGGAAUCCAGUACACGUGAAGCCUCCGACAUGGAGACGAGCGGCUUCUGGCAAGAACAGAGCACACCAACAACAAUAACAGCCCUUUCUAACAACACCAUGAUAUCAUCUAGCGCUGAUGGUUCCAGGUCUCCGCUUAUUUUUUCGGCGGUCAUGCUAUUCGGUGUCAAUCUUUUGACUGGAGUUCUUUUGUGA